AUGGGUGCAUCCAAUAAAGAGUCCAGACGGUUUAAUGAGGAUUCCAUGGAAGAGGAUGAUUUGGAAGAUGUGUCUGAGCCAGAAUCCGAACCAGAAUCAGAAUCUGAAGAUGAGGAAGAUGUGAAAUUGACUGAACCAUCAAAGAAAGCCAUAUUCAACAGAGAUGGUCUCCUUGAUAAACUUGGAGAUAUUAGCUGGCCGGAGAAUGCUGGAUGGGUGCACAAACUUUCUGUUGAUAUUGAUCAAGAGCAACAGGUGGACGUGAAUGAUGACCUAACUCGGGAGCUCGCAUUUUAUACCCAGGCUCUAGAGGGAACAAGAAAGGCAUUCGAGAAGCUUCAGUCAAUGGGGCUUCCUUUUCUCAGGCCUGAGGACUACUAUGCGGAAAUGGUGAAGACAGAUUCCCACAUGGAGAGAGUGAAAAGCCGGCUUUUGGUAGAGAAGAAGAAGAUUGAGGAAGCCGAUGAGAGAAGGAAAGCUAGAGAGGCCAAGAAAUUAUCUAAAGAGAUUCAGGCUCAGAAGUUGAAAGAGAGAGCUAAGCAGAAGAAGGAGGACAUAGAGUCUGUGAAGAAGUGGAGGAAGCAGAGGCAGCAGAGUGGGUUUGCUGGGGGUGACAAAGGCAGUGAGUUGGAUUUGGCAUUCGAAGAUGGGAAACCAUUUGAGAAGUCAAGUAAUAAGAGGCCAGGUGUAGCUCCAGGAGAUCGGUCGGGAGGGAAGGCAAGACAAGGUGUGAAGGUGGGAAAGAAACCGAAGAAGAGGGAUAUCAAGGAUUCCAAGUUUGGAUAUGGAGGGAGGAAAGGUUCCAAGAAGCAAAAUAUGGCUGAAACCACCAAUGAUUUGAGAGGCUUCAAUAAAGAUUCUCUCUCAGGAAAUAAGAAAAGGAAGAGGUGA